GAAUGGCUGACUAUUAAAAGUAAAAACUCGUUAGUUGUCCCGUUAUCAAAUUUCUUGAUAAAAAUCUAAAAAUCUAAUUAAAAGAAAAAGCAAAAUUAAUAAAUGAAUGAAUUCAUUUUAAUGAAUGAAUAUAAUAAAGUCAUUGUUUGAUUCUUGCGUGCAUUGAAUAACCAAUAAUGAACAAGAAUAUAAAAUGCCGCGAUUAAAAUUUGUGAGAUUUUGACACGUUUACAAAUUCAAGAUUCAAGUAAUUAAUCUGAAAACAUUUUUUAGAAGUGAAAAUUUAUCCAUAUUAUAAAAGAAUAUACUGAUCAGAAUCAUAGAGGAUGUGAGAUCAUUGUACAAACAUUAUGACGAAUUACUGUCUUUGUAAUAAUGUGAUGGAUUCUUUUCAUUUUUUAUUAUCUGCAUUUCUUUAAUAUCGUAUGAUUAUAUUAAUUAUGUAUAUUUGUGAACAUUAUUGUGAUUAACAACUGACAAGUGAUUAUUUAGAAGAUUAAAAUAUAAUUUUAUUUACAUAAUAAGCAUUUGGUGCUUAUCAAUCAUGAAGAAACAAUUUUUCAGAGUUAAACAGCUCGCUGAUCAAACAUUUUCUAGAGCUGGCAAAACAGAAGUGCUCACAGAUGAUUUACAAGCUGCAGACAAACAUGUAGAUCAAAUCCGAUUGGCCCUCAUUGGAUUAAAUAAGAGACUUGGUAAUCCACCAAAUCAAACUAUGACACAAGAUCCUGCUCUUAAGGAGAAACGAUUGAAAAAGUGUCCAGAAUAUAUAUUGGGACAAACAAUGUUAGAAAAUGCUCCUGAAGAUGGUCUUAUGGGUUUUACUUUAUCAGAAUGUGGCCGUGCACAAAUGCAUUUAGCAAAUGAAGCAAUUGAACAUGAAACAAAAGUUGAACAAUAUGUUGCAAUUCCUCUUCAACACAUUUUAGAUACAGAUGUACCAAAUAUAUUAAAGCAUAAAAGAAAUUUAGCUCGAUUAAUCUUGGAUAUGGAUAGUGUGAGAACAAGAUAUCAACAAGCUAGUAAACAUAGUGCUAGUUCAGGUGCAACAAAAGUAGAUAAUUUAAGAGAAGAAUUAGAAGAAGCUGAAGCUAAAGUUGAACAGUGUAGAGAUCAAUUAGCAGCAGAAAUGUUUCAACUUAUGUCACGGGAAACUGAAUUAGCACACACUAUUAUACAAUAUAUAAAACUUCAAAGAGCUUAUCAUGAAAGUGCACUACAUUGUCUUGAAGAUCUUAUUCCAGGAUUAGAAAGUUAUAUUAAUGAUAAUGAAAUGAAACCAGUUUAUGGUUACCCUCUGGAAGAACAUCUCAGAGUCACUAAUAGAAAAAUUGCAUUACCUAUUCAAUUAUGUGUAUCUGCAUUAUUAAGAUUAGGUAUAGAAGAAGAAGGUCUUUUUAGAAUAGCUGGCGCUGCAUCAAAAUCACGACGAAUUAAAUUAAGUUUAGAUGCAUGUUGUCUUACAUUACCAACUGCUCUAGAAUAUAAAGAUCCACAUGUUAUUGCUGGUGCAUUGAAAUCUUAUCUUCGAGAAUUACCAGAACCUCUUCUAACAUACAAAUUAUAUCCUGAAUGGAUGGCAGCUGCAAAAAUAACACAGAAUGAAACAAGAUUAAGAGCUCUUUGGGAAGUGUUACAUAAAUUACCAUCAGCAAAUUUAGAAAAUUUACGGUUCCUAAUCAAAUUUUUAGCUAUACUCACUAAAAAUCAAGAUGUAAAUAAAAUGUCACCACAAAAUAUUGCAAUUGUGAUUGCACCUAAUCUAAUAUGGAGUCCACAAGAGGAUGUAAAUACAAUGGUAAUGAACAUGAGCACAGCUAAUAACUCUAGUCUUAUAGUUGAUCAAUUGAUUACAUAUGCAGAUUGGUUUUUUCCUGGCGAAAUAGAUUUUGAUCGUGAUUUAGAAGUUGGUAUUAUAAAUGGUUCAGAAAAUCAAAAUAUGAAUAUUCGCCGUUGUAUCUCUAAUAGUAGUCUUAGCGAUCAUGGUGAAAGUCCUCCACAAGGUAGUCCUAAACCUGCAACUCGUAGGAAAAACAAACCAGCUCCAACUCCACCAAAUAAUACUACUCCAGAUAAACAUGAUAAAAAAUCUGAUGAUAAACCACCACCUACACCUGAUAAACCACCUAGACCUUUAACAUCAGCAACUCUUAAUCGUAAAAUUCAAAAACAUGAAACAAUAAAUACUGAAUCAAUUACUAAACAUGACAAUAGUACAGAAAAGCAAGAUGGAAGUUCAGAAAUAGAAGGUAAACAAUGUAAUGAAACGAAUGCACUAGAUUCUUCAUCCUUUAACUAUUCAGAAUGCAUUAAUGAAGUACAAGAAGAUUUACAUAAUGCAAAUAUUGAAACUGAAAAAAUUAAUCAAGAAACUCAAAGAUAUGAAAAAAAUGUAAAAUAUGUUCCUAUUGCUCUUGAAAGAAAUACUAUCGAAAAUAUAUUGUGCAAUAAAUCUAUUAUGGAACUUGAAAAUUCAGAAAAUUCUAUACAUAAAUUAAAAAUAAUACCAAUUGAAAGACCACUUCCUUCCACAAUAGAAAGAAUACGUAGACCAAUAGCUGCACCAAGAAGUAUAACUAAUAUAGUACAUAAUACAGAAGAAAUAGUUGAAUUACGAAAGAAGUCGGAUAAUAAUCCUAUUUGUACAAGUACACUUGACAGAAGUAGUAAACCAGCGAUACCAGAACGUCCAGCUGGAUUAAUUAGACCUUCAAGCCUCAUUAAACAACAACCACGUCACAGUAAUGAAAACUUAGAUUCUGAAACAGGGCCUUUAACUUUGGAAAGAGCUCAUGUAUAUUCAGUGGACAAACAACAGGUCAGUAUAAUACAAGUGCGUGGAAAUGGCAAUGUGUUCUGCACCUCGGGCAACAACAAUGGCAACGCGGCUUCGAACUUACAGAGAAGCCCCAGUGUAGGUAGUCGACCUUCAUCUAUGUCCUUGUAUGGUGAACGACCGGAAAAGCCAGCCAAAUUAAAUGCUCCAGAACAAACAAAAGCUCAUGUGCGAACAAGAUCAGAAGGAAAUAUUAUCGAUGUGCAAACUCAGACUGAAACGGUAGUAGUUGUUAAAACUUCACCUCCACAACCUGUUCCGGCUUCUCCAAGAUUUCAUCAAAGGCCUCCACGGCCACAACCACCGCCUCCACCUCCACCCACCGCACGAAUUAAAUCAGAACAUGAAAGUACUAAUCUUUAGGAUUAGCUGUAAAAAAGUGAUUAUUAGAUUUAUAAGAGAACUUUAUAAGAAUUAAUAUUUUUAUUAAAAAAAAUGAAUACUAUAUAUUUCUUAUAAAAUAAUAUAAAACUAUGAAAAAUUUCUGAUAAAAUAA